UGCUGCCAGCAGUUGGCGGGCCAUGGUGGGCUCGCGGCGCUGAGACGGGCGCUGGGUCCAGCGGCGAGGCGGAAUGGCGGCGCUGCGGGCCGCCCUGCUGGGCGUCCUGCUGGGUUGCGCGGCCGCGGCCCUCAUCCCCGCGGCCGACGUGAAGGUGGAGGUGCUGCAGAAGCCGUUCCUGUGCCACCGGAGGACCAAGUGGGGGGACAUGAUGCUGGUGCACUACGAGGGCUUCCUGCAGAGCGACGGCUCCAUGUUCCACUCCACUCACAAACAUAACAAUGGGCAACCUAUGUGGUUUACACUUGGCAUAAGAGAAGCCAUCAAAGGCUGGGACAAAGGUUUGAAGGACAUGUGUGUGGGAGAGAAGCGGAAGCUAACUAUUCCACCAGCCCUUGCUUAUGGAAAGGAAGGGAAAGGAAAAAUUCCACCUGAGAGCACACUGAUCUUCAAUAUUGACCUUCUAGAAAUUAGGAAUGGACCCAGGUCUCAUGAGUCGUUUCAAGAGAUGGAUCUUAAUGAUGACUGGAAGCUGUCCAAGCAAGAGGUGAAAAUUUACCUGAAGAAAGAAUUUGAGAAGCAUGGAGCAGUGGUAAAUGACACCCAGCAUGAUGCUUUGGUUGAAGACAUAUUUGAUAAAGAAGAUGAAGACAGUGAUGGGUUUAUAUCUGCAAGGGAAUUCACAUACAAGCAUGAUGAGCUGUAGAAAAAGGAUGACAUAAUUUUUUUGACACAAAUGACAAUGACUUAGACUGUCUGGUUCUCUUGUCGUCUUGACUCUGUGUGUUGGAGUUGACAGCUGCCACUGGCGGAAGAGAAACGAUAAAACAAACCCACACUUUUUUAUAUUAAAAGAGAAUUUCUGUUCUUUAUGUAAAAAAAAAAAAAUAUUUUAAACUAUUUGUAAGUUUGAAAUUGUACUUACUGUUGUGCAACGAAGACUUGCACAUUUUGUGUUUUUUAAUUUUGUAUUAACUUAUUUUUUCAGAAAUGAAACAAGGUUUCCAGGUAUCAAACAUCUUGGAAAAUCAAAAUCCGGUACAGUGCCUUUCUGAGCUUCAUUUCUUCAGAUCAUAUUCAGUGACUUUUACAUAUGACUUUUAGUCUCACUUAAUCAGUUAUUUGACCUUCUUUCUUAUAUGUUGCUGCUUGUAAAGCAGCGAGCUGGCAUUGCUUGCUUUCUGCAGAUUUUGAAAAGUUAUACGAGAAAGCAUCAACACCUUGUAAGACAGCUGAGAAAGUGAUACAAAGCUGAAUGAGAAGAAUGGCUGUCCUAUGCUGAUUCUGAUUUUCUGAAGGGAGAAUACCAAAACUGUUUGCAUCACUAAAGAAAAAAAAAACAGAAAAGUUGGAGUUAAAUACCAGACCUUCUCAUUUUCAUAUUAGCAGUGUUCUAGAAGAUAAUGUACUGUUUUCCAAAUAGCAGUUUUGUUGUUCUGCAGAGGCAGUGUCCUUCACUUCCUUACAUGCAUUGUUUUGUGAAGAAAUUACAUUUUCUUCACCUCAGGUGUUGAGAGACAGCUAAAGAAAAAAUUUAGCAAUUUUUUUUUCCCCAUUUUCAGAAAGGAGGGAGCAUGCUAACAUGCAGGUCAGUAUGACCUGAAGAACACUUUGUGUUGCUUGCCAGCUUUGCUACUGCCUGAAUUGUAGAAUUUGUCUUGUUUUUUACACCUUUGCUGUAUUUUCACCGGUAGCACAAAAGUUAUCUGAGUCUUAAGUAAUAAAGUGACUUUUUUAAAAAAGAAGAAAUGUGAGGUAAACGUUCUGCUGCUGCAUCUUUAUGGGGUGGAGAUGAUGAGGAUUUCAGCACUGUCUUGUGUGUUUGAACCCUCUGUAGAGAGGAAAAAGCUUAGAUUUCAUCCAUGGGCCUGAAUGAGUGGAUGAGGUAUCUCUUAGAAGAAUUUAGCCUUUAUUCUUCCAGCUCUAAAAUGGGUUUUUGAACAGAAUACUUGGAUUUAAAAAUACUGCCAUGGGCUUUGUAGGGACAUGAGGUAAACUGAAUUGUAUAAAAUCAGUACUGCUGCAUUAUCCUAAGGCCAGGGGGAGGGGGGGGAUUGCAUUCAAGAUUCUCAAUUAGCUUGACAAAAAUUUUCUCUGCAAUCUAGCGUUGCAUGUAAGUAUUAGAAGACUGCUUUAUUAUAGACAGUAAGAAUUUCUGUACAGUGAUUGUGCUACAUGAAGAUAUGCAGGGGUGGAGUUUCUGUGUUCCAGCAUUUGGUAUUUUAUGGCAUGUGGCUUACACAAUGUGGAGUUUUUGUUUUAAACAGCUUUUUUCCCCCUCCUUCACAAUGUCUAGUUUUCUUGAACCUAUUUAUUCUUUAGUUCUGUGGCAGUCACAGUAGAAUGGCAUAGGAUGCUACUUCCAGUUGUUCUUAUGCUUGUUGCCUGUCCUGGUUCUUGUGAGGAAAUAAUGAACAAAUCAUCUUACCAGUCAUGAGUUUACGUAAACUUUUUUUUUCCCUUAUUGCUCUAGAAAAUUCGUCUUGCCUGACAUUGUUUGUGUGCUGAGCAUCUUGAUUUCUCCUACGGUCACCAGAGCACUAGGCACUUGAGAGUAAUUCAUCGCAUUUAUAUUGUUCACGUUCUGUUAGGGUAGGUGCCAUAUCAAUUAGAGGUACCUGUCUUUCCCCAUUAACUACAUGGGGAGAAUAGACAAUUCUUGCAUCCAAGGCCAAGAAUGUCUAAUGGGUUAUAAAGUUGACUCUUAAGGCAGUACUGCUUAAGAUUCAGGAUCUGGUUGGUAACAGUCAACCAAACAGAAUUACGAUGUGUAUGCUGCUGGGAAGAGUAGAAUUGAGACUUGGAAUGGGUACGUCAGGCUUUUAGAUCAUGUGCAGAAUUUAGCAUGCUCACUGAACAUCUGGCUGGGAAAUGAAAGCAUAAAAGCAUGAAAUAAAACUUGACCCUGAUUACUGGCCAAAUACUUAAAAUUUGAGCUUUUUUAAUGGAUACCAACCUACCUCUUUGGUGAAGGCCAAAUGUUUUGCUUGUAUUCAGUAGGAGUUUGGAGUCGGUGAAUACUGUGAAAUAUGCAUUAUCUUCUGUUUAGAUUUUUAAAAUAUUUCAUAAAAAUAACUUAUACAUAAAAGUAAACAUAUACUGUAGACAAUUAAUGCCAGCAGAGUAUUAAAGCUGCAAGGCCAAGAUGAUUUA